AUGAAUUAUCUGCAAAUUCCGCCUGAAGUACAGUUAGUGGUAGACAAGACAAACGUGACUGUCGGAGAUCUUGUGACGAUAAGAUGCUCCAAAAUUACGCCAGGAAGACCGGAGUCUAAGAUUUCGUGGUAUCAUAACGAUAAAUUGGUUCCCGGAAAAAACAAAGAAUACUUGUUUAACCAAACAGAAAUUGAAGCAAAAGAUGCAGGGUCGUACAGAUGUGUGGCAGAGAAUGAUGCAGGUACCGACGAAUCAAAUAUUAUAAGUAUCACAACACUUGCUAUAGAUAUGAUGUUCGAACGGAUUGAACCACAAACCGUACUGGUUGGUAACGAUGCUACAUUUCGUUGGAAAAAAAUUGGGACUGAACCUAUGAACAAUCUUGAAUAUUACGUUUGUUCCCCUUCCCUUCCCAAACUGGUAUAUUAUUAUCUCAAAGGUGGUAAACCUAAAUAUUAUAAAAAAGAAAUCAAACGAUAUGCAUCAGCAGUUGAGUGGACUGGUAAUAUUUCAAAAAACGAAUACGCCUUUACGCUCAGAAACGUUGCGGAAUUUUCCCAUGAGAAGAAAUUUUGCUUAAAAGUUCAAUAUGAAAAUGCUGCAAUAGUAUGGUUUAAUACAACCGCAUUGUUCAUCUCAGUUCCGCCUGAAGUACAUUUACUGGUAGACAAAACAAACGUGACUGUCGGUGAUCUUGUGACCAUAGAAUGCUCUAUUGUUAACCCUGGAAGACCGGUGGCAAAUAUUUCGUGGUAUCAUAACGAUAAAUUGCUUCCCGGAAAAAACGAAGAAUACUUGUUUAACCAAAGAGAAAUUGAAGCAAAAGAUGCAGGGUCGUACAGAUGUGUGGCAAAAAAUGAUGCAGGCACCGACAAAUCAAAUGCUAUAAAAAUCUCUGCACAUGCCGAAAUUUCUGCUGCUGCGGGAGACAGGCUUGGAAAAAGAGCUAUUGCUGGCAUUAUGAUUGGAGUAACCCUAGUUGUGAGUUCUGUCGUUCGAGUUAUGUAACAAAGAUCAAAGACAAACACUUGAAUAUGAUAUUUCUUAUUCCUGUGCCGCCCAUAUGAAUAGAUAAGAUAGUUACUAUGAAAUAAAGAUUUCAUUCAGCUACUAUAUAGAGAUCGGUGGUCAACUAAAGCGAGGGCGCGGAGCUACGUACACAUGGAGCUCCAGGAAAUAAAACGGGGAAAAUGUUCAUAUUAAUGAUAACGUUUCGGCGCCAUUGAAUUAGUUUUUAUGAAAGGGGAACAAUUUUUCA